AUGUUUGAAGAAGAAAUACGAUUUUUACGAAAAAUGAAUAUGCGCCAGUUGGCGCAACAAGUUUUAAAUUUCUUGAUGAUAAUUUCAUCUGCAUUAAUGGUAUGGAAAGCAUUAGCUCUUUAUACAAAUAGCGAAAGUCCUAUCGUAGUAGUUUUAAGUGGGAGUAUGGAGCCAGCAUUCUAUCGAGGAGAUUUAUUAUUCUUGGGAAUGCCAGAUGAACCUUUAAGAGUUGGUGAUAUAUGUGUAUUCAAAAUACCAGGAAGAGAUAUUCCAAUUGUACAUCGUGUCAUAAAAUUACAUGAUGAGAAAGAAACAGAUAAACAAUAUAUUCUAACAAAAGGAGAUAAUAAUCAAGUGGAUGAUCGAGGAUUAUAUAACAAAGGACAACUUUGGAUUCACAGAGAACAUAUUAUUGGAAAAGUUAGAGGGUUCUUGCCAUACAUUGGAAUCAUUACAAUUCUCAUGAAUGAUUAUCCUCAACUUAAAUAUGUAUUAAUUGGAUUCCUUUUAUUAUAUAUGUUGGUUAAUCGAGAAUAA